GAGGUGUGUUGUACUGAAAGCGGACAGGAAGGAUAUACACCUGACGACUGACAGACGGCCGUGGGAGGAGUGGUAGAAUAUUGGGCUGAGUGGGUGGGUGUCUCUCCGUGCUGCACUAACCUGAAAACGGAUCUCUCAGGCGAGCGCAAUUACAGCAUUUGUUGGUAGAGGGCACAACCCCUCAGCCUAUUGCCAGCGUCUUAGCCGGGGUCAGUCUUUUGCCCAGGAGCUCAAGAGGCAGGAAGUCAUCCUGCAGGAGACAAACGUGGAGAGAAGCAGCGGUUGCUGUUGGAGGAGGGUGUGACUCUUCUCCAGCUAAAGAACUGUUCUUUGGUGGAAAGGAUAGAAUUUCCUGAGGACCCCUGCUGUGUGGGCUGGCUGAAAUAGGUGGCAGUGAGGUCCAUCUCCAGUGGUGGCUGUAGUGGCCUUGUAGUGGCAGAUCAUCACCUUCAACAGGUCUGCACUCAGGAACUAUCAUCUUCCCUCAGACUAAGUGCCUCUGUCUUUUCUCUGUAUUGUUGACAGAGGUUCUGUGUUUGGAAAGGGGACUGUGUGACUGCUGAGCUGACGACUGACUUUUGCCACAAAGUUUAUGUCUGAUCCAGCGAAAGAGUGUUAAGACAUUGACCUGGGACACAUUGAAAACCAAGGCCAAGACUGUAUAGAGCUAUCUAUAUAACUGAUCUUUAACCAUGACUAGGGCUAAGAAUGAGACUAGAAACAAAGGCAAAGCUCAAAAAAGGGCUGGUGUGCAAGCUGAAGCAAAGAGGGAGACUACUGGCAUAGUCAGACCUGUAGCUAAGACCCAGGACAAAGCAGUAGCCAAGGCAGGGUCUCAAGCUGAUGCAACAGCAGCGAUGAAGGCAAGGUCUAAGAACAGGAGUGUUCCUGAGAUAAAGGAAAGAGGCCUGGCAUAUUUUAGUCCCAAAGCUGAAGAUGAGGCCACUAAAGUAUCUGGGAUUUGUUCUGUGGCUGAGGCUAAUUCUGAGUCUGGGUCCACCUGUAAACAUAAGGCUGGUAUUGAUACCUGGUUUUGGAGUGCAGAAGAAACCAAUGUUGGUUCCUGGUUUUGGAGUGGGGAAGAGGCCAAUAAUCAUUCUAGUGCUAAGGAUGAAGGUAAAGCUGGUAUUGAUCCUCUGUCCUAUGCUGAAAAGUUGGAAUCUGUGGCCGGGGCCAGCUGCAAAACUAGGCCAGGGGCUGAGGAGGAAGAGGAAGAAAAUGUUAUUGGGAACUGGUUUUGGGAUGGAGAUGAAACUAGUUAUGACCCUAAUCCUAGACCUGUGAGCAGGAUAGUUAGGCCCCAGCCUGUGGAUGAAAUUAAUGAAAAAAAUAGGCCCAAGGACUGGUCUGAGGUAACUAUCUGGCCCAAAGCCCCUGCUGUAACUCCAGCAGUGUUAGGAUUUAGAUCCCAAGUCCCAUUUGAGACAAAGCCUCCUUCAUAUAUUGUCCUGGCCUCAGCCGAGGAAAAUACCCAUUCUUUACCUGUGGCAACAACAUGCCCUUCUAGGAGCACUACUUCAUGCUCACAGCCUGUCCCUGAGUAUCCAUUCGGUUCUGACCCUUGCAUCCAGACCAUAGAGGAGAUUAGACGCCAAAUCAGGAUUAGGGAACUGAAGGGGAUUAAGCCAUUUGCUUGCCCUUGCAAAAUGGAAUGCUAUAUGGAUUCUGAAGAAUUUCAAAGACUUGUUACCUUACUUAAGUCAACUACUGAUCCUCUCAUUCAUAAAAUAGCUCAAAUUGCAAUGGGGAUCAUUAAGGUUCAUCCCUUUGCCCAAGAGUUUAUUAAUGAGGUGGGUGUAGUGACGCUUAUUGAAAGCUUGCUCAGUUUUCCUUCCUCUGAAAUCAGAAAAAAGGCUGUAAUUACUCUGAAUCCUCCUUCUGGGGGUGAGAGACAACGCAAGUUUGAAUUACAUGUUAAGCAUAUGUGUAAGGAAACCAUGUCUUUUCCCUUGAAUUCACCUGGACAACAAUCUGGAUUAAAGAUACUAGGACAACUGACUACUGAUUCUGACCAUCACCACAUUGUUGCCAAUUACUUUUCAGAACUUUUCCACUUGCUGUCCCUGGGAAAUCGUAAAACCAGAAAUCUUGUUUUAAAAGUACUUUUGAAUAUGUCUGAAAAUCCAACUGCAGCCAGAGACAUGAUCAAUACAAAGACAUUAGCAGCAUUAAAACUCAUCUUUAACCAGAAGGAGGCAAAAGCCAAUCUUGUUAGUGCUGUGGCCAUAUUUAUUAACAUAAAGGAGCAUAUCAGAAAGGGCUCAAUUGUAGUUGUUGAUCACAUGAAUUAUAAUACACUGAUGGCCAUUUUCCGUGAGGUUAAAGGAAUUAUUGAAACAAUGUAAAAUGAGCCAGAAAUAAAAGUGAACACUGAACAAUCUUCAGACUCUAAAAGGCUGUCCCUAUAGGCCCUUGCAUAAUGUUUUGAUUAUUACAGUGUGUACGUUAUAAAUUACAUAUUUAACAUGAUAUUACCUGUGACAGUCUCUAGUUUUGAGCUAUACCAUUUUUGAGAUACCAAAUGAAUAUUGUAUCAUAUGCUGAAAACAUCUGUUGAUUUUUGUCUUGUGUAGAUGGGGAACUUUUUAACAUUUUACUGAAGAUAGUGAACCAAUUCAUAAGUACACUAAGUUCUUCAUUAGUAUUUGUUUAAAUAUGUUUGUGGCUUCAAAUGGCAAAAAAAGAAAACAUCAUUGAAUUUGUAAUCUAGUUUGCAGAAAUAAGGCAUAUAUACACAAAAAGAUAACUAACAGCACUCACAUAUAUCUGUACACAUACACAUUCAUUGCUGAAUGUGCACUCAACAUGUAAAGAAGGGAGGAGUUGCUAUAGGCUGUUUAAUGUAAGAGAAAUUACCGUUUUUCCCUUAUUCUACCUGCAUCAGAUAACUUAUGGUAGGCAUUUAACAACCACUGGUGUAAGCUGAAGAAAAUGUCUCAGCAUGUGAAAAUAUUAGAUUAUAUACUUUUAGAUUUUUAAAUAGUUAAGAAACUAAAACAAGAUCAUACUGUAAAAGCUGUUACUUUUUCUCUCACUAACUGUAAAUUGUGAACAUCUUUCCAUAUCAAUAAAUAUGCUUCUAUAACAUUUUUGAAUCACUUAAUGUUUCUUCUGUGUUAACAUUUAGUGCAUAGUGCCCUAAUAUUUCAUCGCAUAUCCUCUUUUUUCUAAAGUUUAUUUAUUUAUUUUGAGAGAGACAGAGUGUGAGCAGAGGAGGGGCAGAGAGAGAGGGAUAAUCCCUAGCAGGCUCUGCAUGGUCAGCAUGAAGAGCCCAAAGUGGGGCUUGAACUCGCAAAACCAAGAAAUCAUCACCUGAGCUGAAAUCAAGAGUUGGAUACUUAACCAUCUGAGCCACCCAGGUGCCCCCAUUGUAUAUCGUCUUUAAUAACAUGCACACAUGUUUUUUGCAGAAGCAAGAGUGUAGUAUUCUGCAGCUUGCCUCAUUGUCUUUAUAAUUAUCUUUCCAAUUUAGUAUUAUGCAGAUCUGCCACAAGCUUUUUAUUUAUAGCUUUAUUGAGGUACAUAAUCCAUUACAUUAAUCCAUACAUAUUUAAAGUAUACAAUUUAAUAUAUUUUGAUAUACAUAUACACAUGUGAAACUAUCACCACAGUCAAGAUAGUGAACAUAUCCAUCAUCCACCCCUCCAGAGUUUCUUUAUGCCGCUUUAGUCCCUCCCAACUUUCCCUAUAUCUCCCUGCCUCCAGGCAACCAGUGAUCCUUCUUUUGACAAUAUAGAAUUGUUUUCAUUUUCUGUAAUUUUAUAUAAAUGAAACCAUACAGCAUGUUUUUUUUUAGGGGGGAGCAGGGGUGUGUGGCUUCUUUCAGCAUAAUGACUUGAGACCCAUGCAUGUUACUAUGUGUAUCAGUAGUUCAUUGAUUUUUAUUGCCACGAGUCUACUAUAUGGCUAUAUCACCAUUUAUCCAUUUACCUGUUGAUAGAGAUUUAAGUGGUUUCCAGAUUUGGGCUAUUACAAGUAAAGCUGCUGUGAGCAUUUGUACACACUGUUUUUAUGAACAUGUGUUUUGCUUUUCUCUUGGGUAAAUAAAUACCUAGGAGUGGAGUGGCUAGAUCAUAUAGUAGGUAUAUACAUUUAACUUUUACAUUUUCCAAAGUGGUUGUUCUGUUUUAUUUUACACUCCUGCAGCAGUGUGUGAGGGUUCUGAUUCCUCCCACCUAGUUUUUAACACUUGGUAUGGUUGGUCUUUUUAAUUUUACCUGUAUCUCAUUGUAGUUUUCUUUAUUUUUUUUUUUAAAUUUAUUUAUUGUGAGAGAAACAGUGCAAGCAGGGGAGGGGCAGACUGAGCGAGAGAAUCACAACCAGGCUCCACAGUGUCAGCACAGAGCCUGACAUGGGGCUCAAACUCACGAAACUGUGAGAUCAUGACUUGAGCCGAAAUCAAGAAUCAGAUGCUUAACCAAGUGAGCCACUCAGGUGCCCCUCAUUGUAGUUUUUUUUUUCUUAAUUUAAGCAUAGUUGGCAUACAAUAUUAUACUAGUUUUAGGUAUAUGAUAUAGUGAUUCAACAUUUAUAUAUGUUACAAAGUGAUCACCAUAGUAAAUCCAGCUAUCAUCUGUCACCAUAUAAGUUGUUACAUAUUAUUAGCUAUAUUCUCUAUGCUGUGCUUUAUAUCCUUGUGUCUUAUUUUAUAACUGGAAGUUUGUACCUUUUAAUACCCUUCCCCUGUUUUCCCCACUCUCUUUCUAUCCCCCUCUCCUCUGGCAACUACCAGAUUAUUCUCUGUAUCUAUUUGUCUGUUUCUGUUUUGUUUGUUCAUUUGUUUUUUACGUUCCACAUAUAAGUGAAAUCGUACAGUACUUGACUUUCUCUGACUUAUUUCACUUAACAAAAUACUCUCUAGGUCCAUCUAUGCAUGGUGUCAUGAUUGGAAAGAUUUCAUUCUUUUGUAUGACUGAGUAAUAUUUCAUUGUUAUAUAUAUAUAUAUAUCACAUUUUUAUUCAUCUAUUGAUGGACGCUUAGAUUACUUUCAUAUCAUGGUUAUUUUAAAGAAUGCUGCAAUGAACAUAGAUGUGCAUAUAUCUUUUUGAAUUAGUGUUGUCAUUUUCCUCAUAUAAAUACCCAGAAGUGGAAUUGCUGGAUUGUAUGAUAGUUCUAUUUUCAAUUUUUUGAGAAACCUCCAUACUGUUUUCUAUAGUGACUGUACUAUUUUGCAUUCCCAUUAACAGUGCAAGAGGGUUUCCUUUUAUCCAUAUCCUCAACAUGUUAUUACUCCUUUUUGAUACUAGCCAUUCUGACCAGUGUGAGCUGAUACUGUGGUUUUGAUUUGCAUUUCCCCAGUGAUCAGUAUUGUUGGGCAACUUUUCAUGUUGGCCAUCUGUAUGUCUUCUUUGGAGAAAUGUCUAUUCAGGUCCUCUAUUUUUUAACUGGAUUGUGUUUUGGGUUUUUUAAAUAUUGAAUUGUAUGAGUUCUUUAUAUAUUUGGGAUAUUAACCCCUUAUUGGUUAUA